AUGACCGAUCUGCCGCCAUCAGCCUACGUUGAUCGGGAUGAUCCCAAGUAUGAAGGGUCAAUCCAAGUAGGCAACAGGGAGCGAGAGUAUCCAGCGCGACGCCGGUCAAGAUCGCCGGAAGCGUCAAGGUCAUCUGAUCCACAUCAUCGGCGUCCCCGAGAUGCCGAGCCUUCGCUGGAACAGCCUCGGCCGGUGCCCUGGAAGGAUUUGCGGCUUCCAAACAAGGAUGAGAGCCUCACUGUAGUCAGUAAAGCAGAUCUUUUGACUCCACCUUCCACUUCCAAACACACUGCCUCCAAGCUUCCGACCACAGCAGCCACCAAUCGGAUGGCGACCGAUAUCUCAAAAUGGAAUCGAAAGCUGGCCGAGCUACACGCAGGCGACCCCACUGACUUGAUCUCACGUCGCGGCUUUGCAGAUGCAUCGAUAGCUUCGAAGCAGUCAUCGGCCCAAGGCUCGAGGCACGCACCUGCACAGAAGCCAUCCGACGUAUCAGCUGGGAAAGACUCGAGCUCCCUCCAACCUUCUCCGCACAUUAUGCAGAUGUCAGAAGAGGAGCUGACCAGUUAUGACUACAAGGAUCAAGAACGCGUCGCUUGUCUUUUGUGUCAACGCAAGUUCAAGGUCAUCGACACACUCCACAAGCACGUAAGCCAGUCGCAGCUCCACAAAGACAACCUCGCCAAUCUCGACGCCUGUCGACUAGGCGUCGCUCGCAAGCUCGAAGCAUUGAGCCAAGCGCAGAAGCCGGCCCCAAUAGCCAGCUCAUCCACCACGACACAGUCUCAACAAGCAAUCCUCCCACCCGGAUACAGAGACCGCGCUUCGGAACGAAGAGCCGUCUUUGGUGCCCAUACUCCCUCCAAAUCCGGCACGCCGAGCACCAAGGUAUUUGACGGUCCCAAGGCAGUGCCAGCUCCAGUUGCUAGAGAAGAGCCAGUUCAUUCUGCUCAAGAGAAGCCAAUUGAAAGCGACAACUUUGGCAGCAAGCUGCUUGCUAUGAUGGGCUGGACCCAAGGUCAAGGUCUUGGCCUCCAAGGCCAAGGCAGGACCGAUCCUGUCGAGACCAAGAUCUACAAGCCGGGAGCAGGUUUAGGCAGUACCGCUCCAACUGAUACAGCCGCCCACGAGGCCAAUCUCAACGCAGCACCCAGCCGCAAAUCCGGCUCAAACGUCGCGUUCGCUGGUUAUUUGGAACGCGCCAAGGACCGCGCACGACAACGAUUAGCAGAACACUCGCAGCACCCUCAACAACAGCAGCAAUAG